AUGCGCCUUAUGUUCACCGCCUGAGCGCUCGGGCCGGGAAACACGACACGGCUGCGGUAUUCAUGUUCCGGGGCGCGCGUGGAUAAAGCGCACAGGCAGGAGAGCGCGCGCUUGGCUUGGAGCGAGUCUGUAGAGCGCUGCAGGAUCGGUGUCGGUGCGCCGGAGAGCGACAAUGUGAGAGAGAGUGAGAGAGAGAGAGAGAGAGAGGUGUGGAAUGGGAACCUGCCGACCAGAUUUCCUCCGCGCGCACACACACGUACACACGGACGCACGAGGAGGCACGCCGCUGCACAGGAUCGCCGCCAUCAGGACUGCGCGUAACGGAGCCGUGUUUCAGUUUGAGCCCAGACGCCUUUAACGCAGGACACACACACACACACACACACACAGAGAGAGAGAGAGAGGACGCUUUAAAGGACAAGGACUGCUCGAGCCAAGAUGAACCCUGUCGUGUUUAAUAAGCUGAGCAGCCCGGUGUUGUUCGAGGAGAAGGCGAGUGAGGUGGAGAGGAGCAGCAGGAAUUAUCUGGAGGUGAUUGACGAGCAGCAUGCGGAUCUCCUCUCCCGGAGCCACCAGAUCACUGACAGCUCUGUGAUGAGACACAGGAGACCAGGGUCUCGUCAGAGUGGAGGAAAAGUUCGUCAUAAGCGCCAGGCUCUUCAGGACAUGGCUCGACCGCUCAAACAGUGGCUCUAUAAACACCGGGACAAUCCCUAUCCCACCAAAACAGAGAAGAUCCUCCUCGCACUCGGCUCCCAGAUGACGCUGGUGCAGGUGUCUAACUGGUUUGCAAAUGCACGACGGCGGUUGAAGAACACGGUGCGGCAGCCGGACCUCAGCUGGGCUCUCAGGAUUAAACUCUACAACAAAUAUGUACAGGGCAACGCUGAGAGACUCAGCAUCAGCAGUGAUGACUCCUGCUCAGAAGAUGGUGACCCGGCUGCUCGAGCCCAGACGGGUGAGUUUAGCAAGCCCAUGUACCAGAGCGUUAUCAAAAAAGAGGGCAGCGGCAUGGGGGCGGGCCUUCGAGCGGGAGCAGACGCCUCUUUGGCUGAGGACUAUGUGUCUCCUCCAAAAUACAAGAGCAGCCUGCUACACCGCUACCUGAACGACUCGCUGCGCCAUGUGAUGGUGGCCAAUGGUGUGACGGACGCCCGCAGGAGGAACCACUCCGGCUCCUUCAGCUCCAAUGAAUACGACGAGGAUCUCCUCUCACCGUCCUGCUCGGAAACAGAGGCCAACUUUGUCUACCGUACAGAGGCUGUGGAUCAUGGAUCAACUAAAUGUGACAGCAGCAUCAUGCCGAAGGAAAAAGGACGUGGAAAAGAUGAGACGUACUGGCGAGAGAUCAAUGCAGCCAUGGCCCUGACCAACCUGGCCAAGCCUAAAGACGGUGCUCCUGCAGGCACCACCAGCUGCAUCAUCCAGAAAUCCUCUCAUAUAGCCGAAAUCAAAACUGUCAAAGUACCCAUCAUGCACAAGUACUAGCAACCUCAUCUGGAAAAUGACACGUGACUUUCUUUACUUUUGGAAUCUGCUUAUUUGUGUUUGUUUAUAUUUUGUUGUACUUAUGAAUAUGAAGUAGACUUAUGAUUUUUUUUUCCUUUUUUUUGUACUUUAAGUGGAGUUGUUAAACUGCCCUGAAAUGCAGCACUUCGUUGUUGUUUUGAGGUUUGUGCCUUUUUUGAUGCACAAGCGCUUUUCAUAAUAAGUGUUGAUGAUGACAGUAUUGCAGAACGAGACACUUUUGCAUUGUUAACUUAUUUUGAUACGACUUUUUUUAUACUCUGAAAUUUCUAUUCUAUCAUGCCAAAGUGCCUUCAUAUAACUAAAAAAAAAAAGGAGAAGUGCACAUCUUUUACAUGACAUUCAGUUCCCUGGUGCAGUUACUGGAGUUUCUACAAAGAUUCUACAUUGUUGCUUCACAAUAUUUAUACAGUGCCCAAUGUUAAGAAUUAUCAUAUAUAUAUAUAUAUAUAUAUAUAUAUAUAUAUAUAUAUAUAUAUAGUGUCAUGUUUACACUAUGUACACGAUAGGAUCGGAUCUGGUCAGUGAUUUUUCCACUAUCAAUACAAUCAGAGGCAAUGUGUUCCUUUUAUAACUGCAGAAUUAUUUCCUACGUUACUGACCUUGCAAUUUUAAAUAACCCUAAGGCUUUUUUUUUUUUUCUUUCCUAAACUUUUAGAAUGAUCAAUCUGUCAAGCAACUUCACAGCAGAGCUAGCUAUUAUUUUCUACCCUGAGCAUAAGCAAGCUUUCAUAAACAUAAUCUUAAAACAUUUGUGCUUUCUAAAGCCUGGACUUGCUUUUAACUACGCCUAUGCAAGAUGGCUGCUGCGGUCGUUUGGAGCAUUGCUUACGCAUGUCCUCAGAUUUACAAACAUAAAUACUGUAUAGCUAUAUCACAUGACACUGUGCCCACAACUGACUAAAUAAACUAGCGUUGCAUACUCGUACUAUUCUAGACAGUUAUUGAGUACUAACACUAAAAUGUUUUCCUAUUACAGUUAGAGUUUCAAUUUGAAAAAAAAAAAAAAAAAAAAAAAAAAAAAAAAAAAAAAAAACCUCUUAUAUAGCCUUCAAACCUGCCCAGUGUUCUGUCUUGCAUACCAUUCUUCUGGAUUUUAUAGAUUAGACAAUACUUUUGUAUGUAUGGUCAGAGUUUUAAUAUUGAGAUGCAGUUCAGAGCUCGUCAGCGUUUAACAUUGCCGUGCAUGAAAUAACGAAACAUUUUACACUUCAGCUUGGAUCUAGUGCAUCUAAUGGCUGUUGCUUUUAAUCACUCUGACGAACAUAAGAUACGCAGACGAGUAUGUGAACUUCUGGACACAAAGUCAUGCAUCAAGGCCUAAGUGUUAAGUUUGCUAAACUAGUAGGUUGUAUGUCAGGAUUGCUUGGUCUGUGAACUGGGAGACUGGACUUGGCUAGCUAGCGCUGCCCUGCUAGAGCAAAAGCAGUAUUUGUGUUUUCAUAUUUUGUCAAGAUUUAGUGUUUUACUUUUCAGAGUGUGUUAUUCAACAGAAUGGAAAUAACUGCCAUGAAGUAACUCUAUAUCAAAUGACCAAGCUACUGCUCUUUCGGGCUGGACAUCAAGUAAAUGUUAGACAUUUUUCUUCUGCUUUAGUAGGGCACAACAGUUUAGUUAGCCAGAUAUGCUUUAAAAUUUAGACUAAGCAUUUAAUAAUAAGUGCCUAAUAAUAAUAAUAUGUGUAAAUAACAACGUAGUAACCUACUUUGGCAUGUAAAGUACUGUUCCAGUAGGUAGCAACAUAACUAGCAAUAACUGAGCAUGUAGUUUUGCUUAUGCAAUACAAAUCACUCAUUCAGUACAGUCAAUGCUUGCUAACUAAUGCUAAACAACACUGUGCCAUUCUGCAUCCAGGUCACAUUUGGAUUUAUAUGCAAUUCCUAUUUAAGAGCCAACCAGGCUCUCAGACACUCCAGGAUGCAGAUCAAAAGCACCUUAAGUGCCUCUAAGAAAAGACAAACCGCCUUAGACUUGUCUGCUUACCGUGAAGAACCAAUGUACAAAACACAUGGUGUUAAAUUGCUGUGAUAUGACUCAGUAAGACACAUGUCCAUGCACGCGCGCACACACACUCAAACAUAAGGCUGUAAUUAUAACAUGUGGCUGCAAUUAUAAUACUGGUUUGUCUCUUUAACAGAUAAUUGAUCCAUCAUCUGCCAAACACCAGGGAAAGUUCUGUCAGCAUCAACUGUUUAAUGUAGUGGUGCUUUAAUGCAAUGUGAGCCUGAUUUCCUGCAGACACACACAGCAUCAUUCACAUGUGCCAACCAUGCCAAAUUUUAUUACUCUUACUGACACUUUGUCCUCCCAUUCUAGCAGCUAGCUGACAAAGACGAAAACGACUUUGUGUUAAAUCUUAAAAUCAGUAGUCUAAAUGAGCAAGGUGGGAACAACACAUGAUUUUUCAAGUAAGUGAGUCUCAACUCUAGAUACUCAAGUCCUGGGUCAAGACCGACGAAUUUGAACUAUGGGUCUGAAGUCAUGUACCAAUUAAAGACAGACAAUUCACAAGCCCAGAGUAAAGACGUUCAUGUCUGACGUCAAAUUCAGAGUAAAGAUAGAUAAGUCUCAAGUCAAGUCCUGAAUGAAGAUGGAAAUCACAAGUCAUAUCCUAAUUAAAUACAGACAAACAAGUCACCUCCCCAGUAAAGACAUACAAUUCCAAAGUCAAGUACCAAGUAAAGGAAGACAAGCGUCAAGUCCCAAGUAAAGACUGACAUGUCUGAAGUGCAAGUCUCAAGUCAAGUCCUGAGUACAGAUGGAAGUCAUAUCCCAAUUAAAGACAGUAAUAGUAAAGACAGUCUCCUGAGUAAAGACAGACAAUUCCAGAGUCAAGUCACAAGGAAAGAUGGACAAUUCCCAAAUCAAGUCCUAAGUAAAGAUGGAAGUCUCAAGUCAUUUCCUAAUUAAAGACAGGCAAGCAAGUUUUGACAAGUCUCAAGUCAAAUCCAGAGUAAAGAUGUACAAGCACCAAGUCGAGUAAAGGCCGACAAGUCUCAAGUCAAGUCCCAAGUAAAGAGGAACAAGUCUCAAGUCAAGUCCCAAGUAAAGAUGGACAAGUCUGAAGUCAAGUCCUGAGUAAAGAAGGAAGUCAUAUCCUAAUUAAAGACAGAUAAGCGCGUCCCGAGUACAGACAGAGUCAAGUUACAGAGUCAAGUCCCAAGUAAGACAGCUAAGUCUCAUGUCACAUCCCAAGUAAAGAUGGACAAGUCUCAAGUCAAGACAGACAAAUCUCAAAUUCCAAGUAAGCGCUUAAGUCACGCCCCAAGUCAGGUCCCAAGCAAAGACAGACAAGUCUCAAGUUCAAGUCCCGAGUAAAGACAUGACAAGCCUCAAGUUCAAGUGCAGAAUAAAGAAAGACAAGUCUCAAGCCAAGUCCCAAGUAAAUUCAGACAAGUCUGAAGUACAAGUUGCACGUAAAGUCCAGAAUAAAGACAGCCGAUUCUCAAGUCAAGUUCCAAGUCAAUACAUACAAGUCUCAAGUCAAGUCUCAAGUCAAGUCUCAAGUCAAGUCUCAAGUCAAGUCUCAAGUCAAGACAGACUAGCUCCAAGCCACUUCCCAUGUAAAGACAGAUAAAGUCAAGUCCCAAGUCCAUUUCCAUACAUAAAAAGUUGCCACAGUGCAGAAAACAAAGUCUCUGAAACUUCCAGAGCUUCAAUGUUUGGCGAUGUUUCUUUUUAUCAAACAGUGAGGGUCAUGACCUCAAGGGACGUUUACCUUAUUAUCAGUAUUAUAUUGUAAUAAAUGUGUUGUGUUCUCACAUGUUCCUGCUUCGAAGCAGAAAUCUUGGCCCACAUUAUACAAAACCUGCAGCUGGUGAGAAUUAAGGCUCAAAUUGAUGUUUACAAGAUGUAAGAAACAGACAUCUAUGUUUUCUGAAAAGAAGCACCACUUCAGUGUUAUUUCAGUUUCCGACUGAAUGAAAGUAUAAACCUUUUGUGUGUGUUUGUGCUGUGAUUUAUCGGUUAUAGCAAAGAAGUUGUUUACUAAAAUCAUGUAGUACUGCCUUGAAUGGGAAUAAUCUCCUUACAUAUUUAUGCAAAGUAUGCAAACAUUACAGAUGCAGGGCCACUUUAUGAAAGACAGCAGUAUAAGAUGAAGGUUGUACAGUAUGUAUAUCGGAAAGGUGUACAUGUAUAUCCUAUGGUACUGUUGCAUGUAAUUCUUUUUUUCUUCAUGCCUUCUGGCCUUAUGUUUGACAGACCUCACCAGUCUCAUGGUGUGAAAGGCCAAAGAGAUUUAUUUUGAAAAGCUGCAUGCACUUCGUCUCACAUCCGGUGAUCAAGUUUGUUCAAACUGUCGUUUCUCAGCCUGGAACUCUACAGACACUGCUGUUCAUAAACUCACAAUCCAGUCGAACACAUGCAUGCCUUUUUUUCUGUAAAAUUAAACAUUCCAGUCCAUUCACUGAUGCUGCUGGUAAGAGUGUCUCACCUCUGAGUCAGAAGACUAUUUGAAAGCCUACAUCCUCCCUUUUUAUUCAGGAGGGAAUUCUGCGAUGCUUUGAAUCUACAAUGAACUUUAUGGACCAAGGUGAAAGGAAGAUGUUGCAAGCAAAGACAUCCAUCAUCCAGAAUGGAUAAUUUUUAAACCUGAACCUUUUACUUGCCAGUUUUUGUACUGUAAUUUGUUUUGGGUUCAGAUUAAUUAUUCCCCUGGAUAAUAUUUGCUUUCAAAAGAUGAUGACGGACGAAAGGCAAUUGUUGGGUUCAUACUUCAGAACAUCUUUAAAUUAUUAUGGACUGUAAAAAAAACAAAAAAAACAAAAAAAAAACAACAACAAUGAACUGGCGAUGAUAGCCUAAUUUUUCUUAAAUCGUUAAGUUAUAUAUUUUAUUCUUUUGUUUCUUCAGAGACUGGAUGUUUAUCCUAUGACCAAAUGCAUAAUAUCUCAUUUAUUCUCUGAUUUUCUAUUGCUUUUCCCCCCAGGAACUAUGUUUACUUUCACAGAACAAUGAAUAAACAUUUGAAGAUGU